GCAGUGCUUAUUUCGAUGCAGAAAAAAUGGACCUGUUUCGUAAGCAAAUGACGUUCAUUGAACCGUUUACAUGCGAUGGGUUCAGUCGGGGCGAUUCGCUCGGAGAAAAUAUUGUGCAGUGAACGCAUGGCGCAACCAAUCGAAACGUUUUGCUAGAAUUUAUCAGCAAAACCAUAGUCAGUGAUAAAUAUAUUUCCUUCGUCACCUAGAAGUGAUAACAACAGCGUAUAUAUCUGCCUGUCUUGUGAGAAUUUUGUGUUGCAUACUGUUGAGCAAUCAUAAAGCGUCCAUCCCCCGAAGGGCUACCUCCCGGUUUCCGUAGCCAUGGAUGUUCUUGAAGCAGUGCUUGCAAAGCUAGAGGAGGGUAGCUAUAAAUCGGCUGUUGAUAUAAUAACCGACCCUGCAAACGAUAUCGCUGUAAAGAUGCAAUCUAUGGAGCUUAUUUCACUCAUUUCUAAAAACCUGACGGAUGAAAAUGCCGAAAAAAAACCCGACCUGUAUUCGGCCACAGAAACGGUACUAUCCCGUGUGGCUCAACAAUGCAGUCCGCCGGAGGUGUUGUACGAGUUGAUGGAAAAAGUGCGCAUUACUACAAGCGAUGAUGUAUUUACCAGCGUAUUAAAGUGUAUGCAAGUCGCUAUUUUGCGGCUACCUGCAAAGCGGGCCCGUUGUAUGGAAUGGGUUUUUCAGACGCUUAUUGAAUAUCUCGACAAGAUAAAGCUGCCCGAAGUCAUCAACAAAGACAUGGAUGAGCAGGAAGAGGAGCUUUUGGAAUGCGAAGAAUCUAUUCGAAGAUUGCUGCAGCUGUACAUUACAUUGCUACUCUUUUUGGAACCAAUUAUAAAACACCUGAACCAGCCUUCGAGCAAUAUUUUCUUCGAAACAAGCCUGACGCAGAAAAAUGCAGUGAUAUGUUUUCUGCUUCGGUUGGUGGGCAAAUUAUUCCCAUUUCUCCAUCUCCAAAGAACCGAGCAAUUGAGAAAAAGUCUCAAACAAACGCCAAAACUGCCAGCUAGCAAAAGUUAUUCCAUUCAAGUGGCGGAAGACAUGAUCGGAACAUUAUUGCUGCUUGUUAAAGAUCCACUAUUUAUGCUGCCUUACGGAGAAAAACGAAUCCACUUUGAAAGCAAAAAGAAGGAUGACGAUUACGACGAAGAGUCCAGCUACGAUUGCUUUCUAUGUCAGGAUACAUAUAUGGCCGAGGGUUUUGCCAUGUUGUUCUACCUUUUGCUUGGCGAGGAAUUGCUACCGGGAUCUGUUCCUCAGAUUUACAAUCCUCGUUACGUAUUCGAAAUGGGAUUACGUUACGUGGUGGUCCUAAUGAGCGGGGAUUGGACCGUGAUGUACUUCAAGGGCAUUCGAUUAAUGCAAGCCCUGGUAAAGUUAGUAAAGGACAACAUGCUUUCCGCUCGUGAUUUAGAUGCUCAAAUCCAUAGCAUUUUCUGCGAACACUAUGUUCGAGGUUUGGAAAGGUCAGGAAGCGUGCGUAACCGAGAGGUUGGUAUAGCGGUGCUCACGGAUUAUAUCCACUCUUUCGAUGAUGAAGGCCGAUACAUGAUUGUGUCUUACAUGCUUAAGAAGUUCGACGAUGACUCGGUUCGAUCAUACGCAAUCAACGUGUAUAAGGAUUUGAUCAUGAACGAUAUGCGCCAAAAACUGCAAGAAGAGCCACUCAUCAAGUGGUUUAGUGGAGAUGUCUUGAAAAACAUGCUUACACACCAUAUCUGCCUGCUAAAACAAGGCGCCAAGACCGAUCUGUUGGACAAUAGUUACAGUAUUAUCAGCGCAUUGUCGGCACUCUGGGUGUUGUUGAAAACCGAUCGAUCUAACCGGAGCCAUAUUUGGAACUAUUUUGAGACGCUGGAAAAACAGUUCCUACUCGAGCUCAGGACAGGAAUCGACUUGAGCCGCGCACACUACCAAAACGAGAUGAAGGCUGCAGCAGAAAUGAAAGGAAAACAUUCGAGCGUAGAACAAUUGCCAGAGAUUACGGUCAGCACAUUGAACGGAGAGAUGCCACCGGUUAUGACCAAGGCAAAAAAAGUAGAACUGUGCCAGGGAAUGCUUUUGCGGCUAGAUAUGUUGGAUUUCCAUUUGGCUAGGGUUAACAGUGCGAUUGAUCAAAUGAGACGUACUAUGGGCGUGGAUAAAUGUAGCUCAACGCAACAAAUGGACUCUGAAUAAAUAUACUUUAAAUGAAAAUCACAUUA